AUGCAUCUGAAAGACUUGGGACACUUGUUCAUAAGACCAUGUAAUUCUACAUCCACUCACCUCACUUCCUUUCUGCUGACUGGAAUCCCAGGAUUAGAAGACUUGCAAAUCUGGAUCUCCCUCCCCUUCAGCUUCAUGUACCUUUUGGCUGUGAUAGGAAAUGGCCUGGUUAUGGCAGUGGUGGCCUGGGACAGGAACCUCCACGAACCCAUGUAUCUCUUCCUGGCCAUGCUGGCACUCAAUGAUGUUCUCCUUUGUACUGUCACAGUGCCCAAAAUGCUUAUUAUCUUCUGGCAGGGCCCCUCCCCAUCAACUUAUCCUGCAUGUCUCACACAGAUGUUUUUUGUUCAUGCUCUGUUUCUCUCUGAGUCUGCUGUUCUCUUGGCAAUGGCUUUUGAUCGCUACGUGGCUAUCUGUGCACCACUCCAUUAUGCAACCCUACUUACAGGCUCUCUCAUCAGCAAGGUGGGCCUGGCUCUGCUGGCUAGGAGUGUGGCUGUGGUCACUCCUGGUGUCUUCCUCAUUUUCCGGCUGCAUUUCUGUCGGAACAAUGUCAUCCACCAUACCUACUGUGAGAACAUGGGCAUUGCCAAGUUAGCCUGUAAUAGCUAUGCCCUUAAUAGCAUUUAUGGACUCACCGCUGCUCUCCUCACCACAGGGCUGGACUUUGUACUCAUCUCCCUGUCCUACUGGCUAAUCCUGAGAACGGUCUUCCAGCUACCUUCCAAGGAAGCCCGGACUAAGGCCUUUGGAACAUGUGGAGCUCAUAUAUGUGUCAUCUUGAUAUUUUAUACUCUGGCCUUCUUUUCCUUCUUUACCCAUCGCUUUGGAAAUCAUGUACCCAGACAUGUCCUUAUCCUCCUGGCAAACCUCUACUUACUGGUACCACCUACCAUGAACCCCAUUGUUUAUGGGAUAAAGACAAAGGAGAUAAGGAUGCGUGUCCUAGGGCUCUAUUCUAGUAUUUCUUCUGUGGUCCAGAAAAACAUCUCUGAAGUAAGGAAGAUGAGCCACCUCUCAAAAUCUCACUUCCCCAUCACUUGCCAAAAAUUCCUGCUCACCAAAAUGCUCUUUAGAGAAUUUACAAUCCAGGAGACAGUUAAGCAACAGCAGCAGGAUGCUUGUGGUCAUGGGAAACCACAGGGCGACCAUAAGUUUGCUUAA